AUGCUCGAGAAGGAGACAUGCGAGACCUGUGGACAGGGGUAUCUUGAGCUUCUGCUUAAGGGACAGCCUCCGCUGUUCGCCGUUGCGACUCCGAGCAUCAAGACCAAGAGCGUUCCAGCGUGCAAGUGCGGUGCGGAUCGGAAGCACUGCCAGGUGUGCGGGGAGGGCUACCUUGAGAUUGUCAUGCAAGGCAAGCCGCCACAUUUCGUAGAGGUGGAGCUUGUUGAUUGGUGCACCAAACUCGCUGAUGCGGACGCCGUGCAAAAGGUUGCGGAGCAGGCCGAGGCAGAUGCCGCGGCAAAGGGAGCUGCUGAAGCCAAGGAUUCGGCUGUGCCUGUUGAGACGCAAGAGACAACACAGGAGACGACAAAGCCACCGGUGACGUUGACUCCAUCCCAGCCAGAGGCUCCGGCUCCGACAGAGCCACCGGUGGCGCCGAUUCCAUCCCAGCCAGCGGCUCCCACUCCGACAGUGCCACCGGUUACGCCGACUCCAUCCCCACCAGCCGCGAGUAGCCCGAAACCGACUCCUCCGCCGCCGCCGUCUCAGGAGGACGCAGCAGCGACGAAACGGCCAAGCAGCAUCAAUGACUUCAUGGUGAAAUCUACUGAGGAAG